GGAGUGACAGAGAGCUGCGCAGUUACUCAGUAGUGAUAUCCAGUUGAGCGUUCCUGCUGGAACUAUUCAGGAGGAGGAAGAGAGAUGAAACAGAGCUCCGAGCAGAGAGGAUAAAACCAGCUACUGGUCAGGCGACAAACUGGUUGAGAGGAAAUCUUCUGGAAAACAAGAUGGAGGUCUACACUGUCACCGUGGCAACCGGGACAUCAGAGUACUCGGGCACCAACAACUACAUCUUCAUGACCCUGAUAGGGGAGAAAGGGGAAAGUGAGCGCACCCUGCUGGACAACCCUGGACUUGAUUUCUGUCGAGGAGCAGUGGACCAGUACAGGGUGACCAGCAAGGAGUCUUUAGGGUCCCUCUUACUGGUUCGACUGGAGAAAGAGAAGUAUUUUGUUGAAGACAACUGGUUCUGUCGAUAUGUCACAGUGGAACCUCCAGGAGAAAAGCGACUUUUGACAUUCCCAUGUUAUCGCUGGCUUAUAGGAAAUGCCAGGGUGGAAAUAAGAGAAGGAACAGCAAAGACCCUGGUGGAUGACUCCUCAGCAAAGUUGCUGCAACACAGGAAGGCGGAAUUGCAAGAAAGACAAAAUACCUUCAGGUGGGUAACGUGGGCCACAGGGAUCCCUAGAUGUGUUGAUGCCAAAGCAGAAACUGAUUUACCCCAAGAUGUUCGCUUCGACAACGAGAAGAGAAGUGAUUUCGAACAUUCAUUGCAAUAUGCCUUGCUCGAGCUGUCCCUGAAGAAGCUGGCCAUCAUUUUUGGGAAAUCAUGGAGCGACCUGGAUGACUUCAAACGCAUCUUCUGGAAACUGAGGAGCCCAAUAGCUGAGUAUUGCAUGGACCACUGGAAGGAGGACUGGCUCUUUGGCUACCAGUGUUUGAACGGCAGCAACCCGAGAAUGAUCAAGAAGUGUUCGGUUCUGCCGGGAAACUUCCCCGUUACGUCAGACAUGGUCCAGAGCUCAAUGCCAGCAAAAACCAACCUGGACAAAGAACUCAAGGCUGGAAACAUAUUCCUGCUGGACUACGCCAUCAUGGACGGGAUUCCUGCAAACACAAUCAAGGGCAAACCUCAGUUCAUCGCUGCUCCGCUCUGCCUCCUGUACCAGCAUCCAGAUGAAGGACUCAUUCCUAUUGCAAUUCAACUGGAGCAGACUCCAGACCUGGACACGCCCAUAUUCCUGCCCAGAGACCCUCCUCUGGCCUGGCUGUUGGCCAAGAUGUGGGUGCGUCACUCAGAAUUCCAGGUUUUCCAGCUUUUGUCUCACCUUCUCCGGACUCACUUGGUGGUGGAGGUGUUCUGUGUCGCAACUCUUCGACAGCUGCCUGCUGUACACCCCAUAUACAAGCUCCUGGCUCCUCAUCUGCGCUACACACUGGAGAUCAACUGCAGGGGGCGAACUCAGCUAAUCUCUCCCAACGGCAUUUUCAAACGACAUCAGCUGCAGUUUGAGGAUGGUGGUGACUCCAGUCCUGUUUGUGGACAGGUUGUGUCUACAGGCGGUGAUGGCCUCCUGAUUCUUUCCCAGAGGGAAUACAAGGUGUUGACAUAUCGCUCCCUUCAGCCACACUUUGACUUCACUGACAGAGGAGUGUUUCAGGUCCCCAACUAUUUCUACAGGGAAAACUCCCUGAUGCUGUGGGAAGCCAUUCAUAGUUUCGUCUCAGACAUGGUGAGUCUGUACUACCACACAGACCAGGAUGUGGAGAAGGACCCGGAGCUGCAAGCCUGGAUCAAAGACAUAGCAGAUGAAGGCUUCACUGAACUGCCCAACUUUGGUCUGUCAAAUAAACUCUGCAGCAAAGAGGAACUGUCCACUCUACUGACUGUGGCCAUCUUCACCAGCACAGCUCAACAUGCCGCAACCAACAAUGGACAGUUUGACUGGUGUGCCUGGGUUCCCAACACCCCAUGCACCAUGAGACUCCCCCCACCGUCAGAUAAAGAUGCUGUUACCAUGGAAAUGAUCAUGGCGUCACUUCCUGAUGUGGGCCAGUCCUGUGUGCAGAUGGCGAUUACAUGGCAUCUGGGACGAGCGCAGCCAGACGCAAUUCCUUUGGGUCAGUACACACAGAAACACUUCACUGAGCCUCUGGCCCUGGAACUGAUUGAAACGUUCCAGAAGAAGCUGAAGGAGAUUGAGGACCAGAUCCUGGAUCAGAAUGCCGGACUGGACCUUCAGUACCUCGUCCUUCUGCCCAGCCGCAUAGAAAACAGCAUCACCAUAUAGAAACGCAUUCUUUGUAAUCGUCACACCACGUCCUUUGUCUGUCUUGAGCAGUGCUUAAUUUCUUUUGAAACUUUAAAGAAAAACACGUUGCCUUGGAAACCCCAGGAGGAGGAACCAGACCGUCUGUCUAAUGCAGUAAAGAAUGGUGAUGGAUUUCAUCAGACAUGGCGAUAGGUUUAUUUAAUCCAAAAAUCUAAGCUUUAUGCUAAGUUAUUAGCAUUAUUAGGUGAGUGGUUCUAUUAAAACUAUUGCAGCAUUUUUAAAGAAUCCAUAAUUAUGAACCAAUAAACGAUGCUGUGUUUGGGUCAUAACCAAGCAAAGCGAACAUGGCUGGUAUUUCUACAAUGUUCUGUGAAUAACGUAUAUGUUCCUUUGGCAUCUGACCAUUUAUCAAAACAGGGAACAAACAUGUUCAGUCAUAUUCAAUAUGUUAUGUGUUCCAAUGAAGCUUUUUUUUUUCAAUAAAAAUAUCUUUUGAAAAGAAUCUAAGCAGGUAAUCAACCUUCUUUUCAUUAAGUGCACAUAACUAUAUUGCAAUGAUUUUAUUGAUCUCAUAAAAUAUUAAAAUCUUAAAUGUUUUCCUUUAGCUAUAAUUAGAAAGUCAUUUGUAAUUAACAAAAUAAAGGCUAAAAAGCAUCAGUCUGUGUGGAAUUAACCUGUAUGAUAUUCUUCACUUGAUGAAUUGAGCGACUAAAAUAAAGUCAAAUUUCAACACACUCCUAAUUUAUUGAACCUCAACAUAGAUUUGGAGAUUCUUUCCAGGUUCCUCUGCAGUGGAACCAGCUCAGCUUAAAACUUUUCUUUUUGAUAAAGCUUGUAGUUCGACUGGUUUAUGUUAUCCUGAGCUAUUUCUAUAGUUGAGCUGCCAUGGGUUAAUUCUACUGGAGAACAAACUGACCACUCACUUUCUUCUUGUACUGCUCUCCAUUUUUGCAUUAUUUGCUGUUAUUUCAGCUGUUAACUUGUUUUGCUGCCAUGAUUCUUACACUUGGCCUGGCAGUUCUACACAGCAGCAUGUCUCUUUGUCGAGCAGCUAAACUUUCCUGCUACGUUUAGCAAACGUCGGAACGUUUAGUUACGACAAAAACACGUUUCGACGUGUUUUUGUCGUAACGGAAAAACACGUUACGACAUGUUACGACAUGUUAACGGCAUGUUAACAUGGGUUAAAUAUUUGUAACGGUUGAAAAAAAAGUUGUCCAUCAAGAUGGAUGGAAGUGAUGGUUUGAACUUCCUCCUCUCUCUCCUCUCUGCUCCUGUUCUGCCUCCUUUUCUACUCCUUUGGGAUUUCUGACUUCGCUUGUGGUUCUGCUUUUCUGAUGUUAAUCAACUGCUGAUUAGAUGCUUAAACCACCCAGUUAAGCAUCACAACAAAAUAGCAAAAAUAUGAAAAAUAUUGCCCAGAAUCAGUCCAACUGCUAUUUUCCUCCAAAAAGGCAAGAAUAAAAUUUUGAAAGAGAAAAAAUCUCAAUGAAAGUUCAGAGCUACUCCAACAUGCUGCCACCCUGAAAGAACAGAGCAGACUGUGAAACAUCUGGACGAAAAGGGAAAGACUGAAGAGAGGAAUACAAAUGUGUCUCUCACAGGAAGUUCUGUAUAUCAGAAGUCUACUUUAAAUGCCAGAGAUGUGCAACAAAUCUUCAACAACUGGAAGGACAAAAAGGUACCUGUUUAUUUUAGGAGUGUGUGCAAAAAGCAAAGCGACGGAGCUGCGUCUGUAGACGACAGACUGGUCCCUGUGCUCAGUGUGUGUCUGACUCUCAUGUAUUUUUUCAUGUAAUUUUUUCACAAGUCAAGCUUGGCAGAAAAGCGGCUGGCGGUUAGAGAGAUGAGAGUGCUGGUCUCAGAUCACACCAGAGCUCGAAACAAAGGGAAACAUUUCAUAACUCUCCACUGAUUUUGACGUAAACCAAAACGUCACCAUGCCGACAUCAUGAAUAUUGUUUUCCACUGGCACAAAAUAAAACAUGAUUUUUUUUCAGCUCCAGAUACAAAAUCCAUUUAAUAAAUUAGAGUAAUUUUUGAAAAGCUGUCUCAGUAAAGUUCACUAACUGAAACAUCAUACAGAUUAAUUACACAAAGAACAAUGUUUUUUUCAAGCCUUUAUUUCUGUUAAUUAUGAUGAUUUUCCACUUACAUAUAAAGAAAACACAUUGUUACAGAGAGCACAUGUAAAAUUAGAGCAAUACAAAAUAUUUGAUUACAGAAAUGUGGGCUACAUAAAAUAAAAAUCUGUUUAAUACCUGCUUAAAAGUUUUAACGUUCAAAACAAACGUUUGAACUGAUUGGGACAUGUACUCUAAUAAACUGAAUAUGACUGUAGUUUGUGAUUAUUAUGCUCAAAUCAAAGGGUUGAGAAUUUAUUUGUAAGUCAAUGUUUAUGUUUGCACAGAUAGUCUGUCAGUUGUUUCACCGACCAGCUGUAAUAUGGAAAAGAACGAUGGAUUAAAAGGACAAAAUGAAUAAUUGUAAGGUGGAUUGUUGAAGGUGUGAGACAGAAAUCAGCUACUAAAUGUCACCGUUUAUUAGUCAGGCAGUUUCAACUAAACGGGAACAUUUUAAGUGCCAAACAUUUUACUUAUCUGUUUGUAACUGUGUGUAUAGGAUCUGGUGCUCAACAUCACAAAACCACAAAGAUAUGAAAAUCACAAAGAUUUCUUAAAUCAAAGUGAGAAAGUUAGAAUUUGCCCAAAUGAUUUAAAUACCAAGACACUAAACAAACAAACAAACAAAAAAUAGAAGAGAUCAAACAGAUAAAUGUCCCUUAUGUUCCAACAGCCUGUCAGAGGAAGUAUGCAGAGAAGAAGGCUUCAGUCAAUUACAAAGUUUCAUAUAUUUAUUUUCUUAAUAACCGAGUUUGUUGGCUAAAUAGACAAAAAUCAAACCAAACAAUGGACCAAACAACCUGCUGUGCUUUUUUUUUCUUAUUUUAUUAAUCCAAACUUAGCACAAUCAAUCUUUUGUUUAAAUUUAAAAACAAAAUGUCCAUUAUUGGAUGGGAUGCCAUUUUGUCCAGCUUAAUGAAAAAAAUUAAACAAAACAAACAAACAAACAAAAAACAAAAAAAGUCAGAAGUCGGUUUUUGGAUUUAAAACGACAAGAUUAGAAAUCAAAAUGGAGAAAUGGAACUAAAGACCAGAGUGAGAAAAACACAUCAUGGAUCCUGAACUGCAACAACUAAAGAAGGUCUGUCAAUAAAAACCCCCACUGCCUGCUACCACAAGACUUUGUCUUUUCAAUAAAUGUGAAAUGUGAAGUUUUUCACCAAAAGGAUGACACAGAAGACAUUUUCAGUAGAUUAGUUUCUAUCCAGAUCUCUAUAAAGAAGAAGAAGAAAAACACAAUCAGCCAGUUGAUUCAGGCUAAAUGACCAACAGGAAAAUAUAUUUUCUGUAAUCCCAGCAAAACCUGAAAUGUUCAGAAAGUGUUUAAAUCGCGGCUGAAGACAUUAUUGUUUACAAUUGUUUUUCCCAUGAAAGCCAGAGAUUGCUUUAUCGCUGUUGUCUUGUCUCAGAUUUUUAUUUGCUUAAUUUUAGUUUUACUUUUAACUUGUGAUAUUUCCUCUGUCGUUUCAAGUGUCAGGCUUUUUUUUCUCAAUCUCUGUUCCGUUGUUCUUGCUGUGCAGCACUUUGAAUUUCCCACUGCGCAAAUAAACGUGCCUUGCCUGG